AUGCGAUCCAAGUUCAAGGACGAGCACCCCUUCGAGAAGCGUAAGGCCGAGGCCGAGCGAAUCCGACAGAAGUAUGCCGACCGUAUUCCGGUUAUUUGCGAAAAGGUCGAGAAGUCUGAUAUCGCCACUAUCGACAAGAAGAAGUAUCUCGUACCCGCAGAUCUCACCGUCGGCCAGUUCGUCUAUGUUAUCCGAAAGCGCAUCAAGUUGUCUCCGGAAAAGGCCAUUUUCAUCUUUGUCGAUGAAGUUCUUCCGCCAACGGCUGCUCUGAUGAGUAGCAUUUACGAGGAACACAAGGACGAGGAUGGUUUCCUCUACAUCACGUACUCGGGCGAGAACACCUUUGGCGACUCUGCUUAA